AUGGAGGGUUUCACGUCGUUCUUCGAAUCGCAAUCGGCUUCUCGCAGUCGCUGGAAUUAUGAUGCUCUCAAAAACUUCCAUCAGAUCUCUCCUCGUGUUCAAACUCAUCUCAAACAGGUCUACCUCACACUAUGCUGUGCUUUAGUCGCAUCAGCUGCUGGGGCUUACCUUCACAUUCUUUGGAACAUCGGUGGCUUCCUCACAACACUGGCUUGCAUUGGAAGCAUGGUGUGGCUUCUGGCAACUCCUCCUUAUCAAGAGCAAAAAAGGGUGGCACUUCUGAUGGCAGCUGCACUCUUUGAAGGCGCUUCAAUUGGUCCUCUGAUUGAACUGGGCAUCAACUUCGACCCAAGCAUUGUGCUUGGUGCUUUUGUAGGUUGUGGUGUGGUUUUUGGUUGCUUCUCAGCUGCUGCCAUGUUGGCAAGGCGCAGGGAGUACUUGUACCUUGGAGGCCUUCUUUCAUCUGGUGUCUCCCUCCUCAUGUGGUUGCACUUUGCAUCCUCCAUUUUUGGUGGUGCCAUGGCCCUUUUCAAGUUUGAGGUGUAUUUUGGUCUCUUGGUGUUUGUGGGCUACAUAGUCUUUGACACCCAAGAAAUCAUUGAGAAGGCUCACUUGGGUGAUAUGGAUUACGUCAAGCAUGCACUCACCCUCUUCACAGAUUUUGUUGCAGUCUUUGUGCGGAUUCUGAUCAUCAUGUUGAAGAAUGCAUCUGAGAAGGAAGAGAAGAAGAAGAAGAGGAGAAACUAG